AUGUUGAAAAAUAUGAACAAAGGAAUAGCUAUUGAUGGCGAAAAUAUUUGUAUAUUGUUAUAUGCCGAUGACAUUGUAUUGAUUGCUAAAAAUGAAAAUGAUUUACAAGAUUUAUUAUCAAUGUUAAACAAAUGGUGUGAAGGAAACGGAAUGGGUAUCAAUGUUAGUAAAAGUAAAGUUGUACACUUUAGACCAAAUUCAAUUCCUAAGUCAUGUUUCGUUUUUAACUGUGGAAACUGUAAAAUUGAAUAUGCUUCUAGAUAUAUGUACCUUGGUUUAGCUUUAACCGAGCACCUAGAUUAUAACAUAACAGCUAAAAUAGUUGCUCAAUGUGCUGGACGUGCCCUUGGGCUCCUCAUUGCUAAGUACAAAUCAUUUGGUGGACUACCUUAUGAUGUUUAUAUAAAGUUGUACUAUUCUUGUGUGGUACCAGUCAUCACGUAUGCUUCAGCAGUAUGGGGUACUAAAUCUUUUUCUUGUGUCAAUGCCGUUCAUCACAGAGCAAUGAGGUUCUUUCUUGGUACUGGUAAAUACACACCUAUUGUUGCAGUCCAAGGUGACAUGGGUUGGAAACCAAUUAUUAUUGACCAGUGGAAAUCUUGCCCGUUAUAUAAUCAAAUACGUGAUGUCAUUUAUGAAAAAGCUCAAUCUGUAGACAAUAGUUUUUAUGAUAUGUCUGAUAAUGAUAAAUUUGUAUUCAUGUUCUCUCACCCAGACAUG